AUGGAUAACAGGACAAAUAGGAUAAAAAGAACACCUCUGGUCUGUGAGUUCUGCAGAAACACCUAUACCGAACUCUCCACACAUCUCAGGAGAAAGUGUAAGAGAGAGGCGUCCACCAGGGAAAUCAAAGACAUUUCCGAUAGAGCGCGUUGGAGCAUGAUUUCCUUCUUACAGAAUGGAAGAACUCUGGAUUAUGAAGAGUUGGUGAGAUUGCAAACCACCGAAAGUGUUGUAGCCUAUUUGGAGGCAAAGGGCCACAUCAUGAUAAAUAAGCCCGUGCACACCGCAAGGUCACAAUCUACCAUUGUACAUAAAGGAGCAGCAGAUUUGGAAGUAUCUGCAGUCACCAAUGAUGAAGGAGAGGACAGGCCCCUGGAAUCAGAUGAUGAUGAGGGAAGAGAAGGACAAGCAAUGAAGGAGUUGCCGUCGGAUAAAAUAAAGACACCGGAAGAGUGUCGUCAGCUGCUAGUGGUGGCAAAGCCUGGAUUUCUUGAAGCCAUUCAGAAGGCUAAAACAGAUCAGCGGCUUACAGAUAAAGAAAAGCUGACCAUCCUGUACUAUCUGGAAGCUGUGCUCAUUCUGAAGCACCUUCAACGACCGGGUGUUGUGCAAAAUAUGACAGUGACUGAGUGGCGUCAGAGAAGAGCCCAUCAAUAUAAAGAGGGGGAUAAAGUGGUAAAGACGGCUAUUAUUGAUAUGAAGAACCAGAAAACUUCCCCCCAGCAAGAUGCUGCUUUUGCUCUUGUAGAGGAAGAGGAAAUGUGGUUUGAUGUCUAUUUCCAGAAGAUCAGGCCCACGUUCUUCCACAGUGCCCGGGACAGCAAACAUUUUUUCAUCUCGACAAAGGGGGAAAAAAUAUAUAAUCCUUCAAAUGACCUGGCAAGGUUCCACCACAGAUUUAAUCUGACGCCUGUGACAAGCCAGGAAAUCCGCCGUGUCACGGAAUCUUCUCUGCCAUCUAGGUGUGCAGCUGAUAUGGUGAGGGCAAUUGCAAGGUAUAUGGGACACUCAGAAACCACCGCGCAGAGGCUCUACAGGAAAAAAAUAAACGAUCUCAUGAUGGAAUCUAGAAGGGUGAACAUCCUGGGAUCUGAGGAAGAACCUCAGGCAUCAACAUCAAGAGACGUUGAAGCAAUAAGAAGAAAAAAAAGGACAAGGGAUGAUAAUGAAGAUGAGGAUGAAUAUAGAGUCGGCAGAUAA